UCAUCAAUUUAGCCAGUGGAGGGCGUGGAUAAGGCCGACCGGCGGCGGAGGAGGAAGAGAAGCUGCGUUCACUUCCAGUCAGUCUUUCGGGAUUCUCUUCAUCCCUCUCGCGUUACCGCGACGUCCUGACGGCGGCUAGGGCGAUGUGAGUGGCGGGCUGCGACUAAACCAGACCUCUUACUACCAAUACGUCCACAACUACGCCAUUUCACUUAGAAGUUAAGAGCCCAAGCUCCCCACGGAGAAGUUGAAAGCCAAAGCUCCCCUUCCUUCCUUUCGACAGCAUGUCGGUGUUAGCACUCCAAGAGUACGAGUUCGAGAGGCAGUUUAACGAGGAGGAGGCCAUCCGAUGGAUGCAGGAGAACUGGAAGAAGUCCUUCCUCUUCUCUGCCCUUUAUGCCGCCUGCAUCCUCGGCGGCCGCCAUGUCAUGAAGCAACGGGAGAAGUUUGAGUUGAGGAAGCCUCUCGUACUCUGGUCCCUCACACUCGCUGUUUUCAGUAUAUUUGGUGCCGUCCGCACUGGAAGUUAUAUGACAUACAUUCUCAUGACCAAAGGGCUUAAACAGUCAGUUUGCGACCAGAGCUUUUACAAUGGACCUGUCAGCAAAUUCUGGGCCUAUGCGUUUGUGCUAAGCAAAGCGCCAGAACUGGGCGACACUCUGUUCAUUGUACUGAGGAAGCAGAAGCUGAUUUUCCUGCACUGGUACCACCACAUCACAGUGCUGCUGUACUCCUGGUACUCAUACAAGGACAUGGUGGCUGGCGGGGGAUGGUUCAUGACAAUGAACUACCUGGUGCACGCCGUCAUGUACUCUUACUACGCGUUGCGGGCGGCUGGAUUCAAAGUGUCGCGAAACUUCGCCAUGUUCAUCACUCUGACGCAGAUCACCCAGAUGCUGAUGGGCUGCGUGGUCAACUAUCUUGUCUACUCCUGGAUGCAGCAGGGCCACGAGUGCCCGUCGCACAUGCACAACAUUGUAUGGUCCUCGCUUAUGUACCUCAGCUACUUCGUGCUCUUUGUUCAGUUUUUCUUGGGGGCCUACGUGGGCAAGAGCAAAACGCCCGCUACUGUGAAGAAGACUGAGUAGAAAGCGCAGAAAAAAGGGAAAAAGUGAAGACUGACGGCCGGAUAAAAAGUGGAACACGGUGAUGAAGUCGUUGCAAGAUGUUGAAAAAACUGAAGUCCCUCAUUAAGUAGUCUUAAAUCACUUGAUCAAAAAAUCUGCCACAAAAGUUGUGUGUUUACUUGACUUUUAAAACAGUACUACAUAUGAAGAUUUUUUGUUUUGUUUUGUCAGUUUGUGUGUGUUUUGUUUUUAUCUGUCAAUGCAAAUAAAAGUUGUUAAUUUUCA